CCACAACCUACGACUCGGACAAGCAAAGCCUACUCUCUACUCUUCUUAAAGGCAACACCCGCAGUCUCGAAAGAACAAACAACCUCUCCCCACUCUUCAAUUACUACUACCACCACUGCACACAUAAUGGCUGAGCCUGUUCACCACGCCGAGCUCGUCGACGAGCACCCCGGCCACCAGCACGACUACCCCCCUCCCCCGCGUCUCCGCGGUGAGGGUGGCCGUCCCCUCCCCUUCAUCGGCCCCGACUUUGCCGCCUACAAGACCGAGUACGAGAAGUCGGUCGGCCCCAACGCCGACAAGUGGUGGGCUGAGAAGGCCAACACCGAGCUCGACUGGUACCAGCCCUUCAAGACUGUCCGCGCUGGUGGCUUCGAGGCGGGUGACAUCCAGUGGUUCCCCGAGGGUGUCCUUAACGCCUCGUACAACUGUCUCGACCGUCACUACUACAAAAACCCCAAGAAGACGGCCAUCAUCUACGAGGCCGAUGAGCCCGGAGAUGCCCGCGAGAUCUCGUACGAGGAGCUCUUCCAUGAGACCAACCGCAUCGCCAAUGUCCUCCGCUCGUGGGGUGUCAAGAAGGGCGACACCGUCUCCAUCUACCUCCCCAUGACCUGGCAGGCGGCUGCGGCCUUCCUCGCCUGUGCCCGUGUCGGUGCCGUCCACUCGGCCGUCUUUGCCGGCUUCUCUGCUGAGUCGCUCCGCGACCGUGUCAACGACUGCGAGUCCAGGGUCCUCCUUACCUCGGACGAGGGUCGCCGUGGUGGCAAGUCGAUCGCCACCAAGGCCAUUGUCGACGCCGCCCUCAAGGAGUGCCCUCUUGUCGAGAAGGUUCUCGUCCUCCGCCGCACUGGCAACAAGGUCUCCAUGACCCCCGGCCGUGACUUCUGGUGGGACGAGGAGGCCGAGAAGGUCCCCACCUACUCUCCUCCCGAGCAGAUGAGCUCGGAGGACCCCCUCUUCAUCCUCUACACCUCGGGCUCGACUGGCAAGCCCAAGGGUGUCGUCCACUCGACCGCCGGCUACCUCCUCGGUGCCCUCCUCACCGUCAAGUACGUCUUCGACGCCCACCCAGAGGACAAGUUUGCCUGCAUGGCCGACGUCGGAUGGAUUACCGGCCACACCUACAUUGUCUACGGUCCCCUCGCCCUCGGUGUCACCACCACCGUCUUCGAGUCGACCCCCGUCUACCCCACCGCCUCGCGCUACUGGGACUUUGUUGACAAGUGGAAGGCUACCCAGCUCUACACGGCCCCCACCGCCAUCCGUCUCCUUCGUCGUAUGGGCGAGGACGCCGUCAAGAACCACGACCUCUCGUCGCUCCGUGUUCUCGGCUCGGUCGGUGAGCCCAUCAACCCCGAGGCGUGGCACUGGUACAACGAGUUUGCCGGCAAGAAGCAGUGUGCCAUUGUCGACACGUACUGGAUGACUGAGACUGGCUCGCACGUCGUCACCCCUCUCCCCGGAGCCAUCGCCACCAAGCCCGGAUCGGCCUCGUUCCCCUUCUUCGGCUACGAGCUCGACAUUAUCGACCCCACCACGGGCCAGAAGCUCGAGGGUGACGACGUCGAGGGCGUCCUUGUCUGCUCCAAGCCUUGGCCUUCCAUUGCCCGUACCGUCUACCGUGACCACAAGCGUUACCUCGACACGUACAUGCGCCCCUACCCCGGAUACUUCUUCUUCGGUGACGGUGCCGCCCGUGACGAGGACGGCUACCUCUGGAUCAAGGGACGUGUCGACGACGUCAUCAACGUCUCUGGCCACCGUCUCUCGACCGCCGAGGUCGAGUCUGCCCUCAUCCUCCACAAGGGUGUUGCCGAGACUGCCGUUGUCGGUGCUCACGACGACAUCACUGGCCAGGCCGUUUACGCUUUCGUCACGAUGAAGCCCGAGUUUGAGAUCUCGUCCGAGGCCGAGCUCUCCAAGGAGCUCUCGAUCCAGGUCCGCAAGGUCAUUGGCCCCUUCGCUGCCCCCAAGAAGAUCUACCUCGUCAACGACCUUCCCAAGACCCGCUCGGGCAAGAUCAUGCGCCGUAUCCUCCGCAAGAUUGUCUCGGGCGAGGGUGACCAGCUUGGCGACCUUUCGUCCAUCUCGGACCCCUACGUCGUCCAGCACAUCAAGGACGUUGUUGCCGCCAAGAAGUAAAGUUCUGGGAGGCGCAAACGAGUAAACAAGGAGUAAUUGGGAUUUGGGGAUUGCCGGGCUCAUCGGCGAUCUGCCGUAGUAGGGUGUAGCCACCUAAAAACGUCACCAAGGGUUGGUGACUGGUGGCAGCUCAGACCUUUCAGAAGCUAUUUGUGGGUUUGGACUGGAAGUAGUUUGUAUAUGCAUUCUGGUUGUGUCAA